AUGUCUGCUCCGUCUUCGGUUACCGCAAGCCCGGCCGCCUUCUCCCCCAUGUCGGUACUUUCGGCCCUGGGCCCGACUCUCUCUCCCUCUCCGGGGUUUUCUCUGCCCUCUGCGGAGGAGGAUGGCGUCUCUUCCGCGGAGGAGAAUGUUCCUUCUGCCGCCGGCCCCGCCGCCCCCGCCGCCCCCGCCGCCACCGCUGCUGCCGCCCCCGCCGCACCCUCCGCCGUCGUGCCUCCCGCCCCCUGGGUCGCCGCCCCCGUCCGCUUCGUGCGGAUCCGGGGUCGUCGUUUUCGUCUGAGCAACAUCUCGCUUUGCCCCGCGAUUCCGCGGGCGAUCAUCGCAGAAUCUCUUCCCGCUCUUCCGGGCACUCCCAGGGAGGCUUGGGACAGACCGGUUCCAUCGAUUGCGACGCACGAGGAGUGGGCUUCGGCCCACUUCGUCGAACUGCCCCCCGCGGCCUGGUUUCGCCGGGCCACGCGGCGCAACCCUGUCGCGGUCUCUGGUCUCUCCUCAUGGGCAGAGCGCCAGCCUCUGUCGUCCCGCGAGCGCCGCUGGAUGAACGCGCCGGUUUUGCGUUCCGUACUUUGA